AUGGCAAUGCAAGCGAUGACUCUUAUGGUAAGCCUCUUCUGUAAUGACAUAGACAGUCUUAUGGCUAAGUGUAUGAAAAGCUGUCCAUCACCACAUCAAGUCCCAAUCCUCAACCCUCCUACAUCAUGACUUCCGUGGUUGCCAACCUGGCAAGUACUUUAGGCCUUCACCGACGUUCGGACAGCUCCAGUCACAAUGCAGAAGAGAUUGAACAGCGGAGGAAUGUCUUUUGGGUGUUUUAUAUAUUCGAGAAAUCAACAAGUCAUAGCUUAGGUCGCCCGUCUUCCAUAUACGAUGACGAUAUCGCCGUCGACUUGCCACCUAAUGGAGCUGCCACAAUACAGGCCUCUACCGGAGCAAAGUUGUAUGACUUCUUCCAAAACCAAAUCACUUUGAGUAUCAUCGAAAGCCGCAUAUACAGCGAGUUGUACUCUGCAAGCUCACUUACGAAAUCAAGGGAGGGUCGUAUGAGAGUACUAGGCAAGCUAGACGACCAUCUCCAACGCUGGAGAGAUGCGAUACCAAUCGAGAUAAGACCAGAGCAUCCAAUUUCAUGCACGAAUGAACAGUAUAUCCCAGUAGUCAUGAUGCACUUCACUUAUUUGGAAGCUGUAAUACAGCUCCAUCGUGUAUCAAGUCGUCAGGGGAUUUUCAGGAAUGGUACCACUACGAAAGUAGAAAGCGGUGAUGAGCUACGACUUGAUAAUCAAACUUAUACAAGCCAUUUACUCUGCGUCGCCGCUGCGCGGAGAUCCAUCCGUCUACUAGACACAAUCGGCAACAAAACUCGGCAUAAUCAGCAUUUCAUGUGGUCAGUGAUGAUUUUGCUUCACGAGGUUGAUACGCUAAUUCUGACCUCAGGAGGGCGCUAUAUUAUCCUCUCAGCGCUUGUCUUGUUCUCUUGUCUAAUAUAUCUUCAGACCCGCAAGACCAGCAUGCUGCUUCUGACAUCCAUUUCAUGAAAUCGAUCACUUUAUUCAUGACUCGAUUUGUCAAUCCAACGUCCUCAUUCGCUGCCACCCCGACUGUGAACAUGUUCCAGGAGCUUUAUAGUAUUGCCGCACGCCUUGUAGGAAAGGCACCUUCGUAUGCAAGCCAGAAUUCGAAGAGGCCAGCUGAAAAUGAUCUGGCGCAAGCGGAAUUAUCUACAGUGAUGUCUGAAGAGCUUUUGUACUCAAAUUUGGACUCGCAACCUACAGAACCACCUGUGAGUGUUUGAUCCCUGCAAACUUUCCUCUUCUCUUCUUCGUAUACUCACGAUGGGUCUCCUAGGCUCAACGCGACCCAAUGACAGCAAAUCCCCAAAGCGAAAUUAAGACACAUAUACCUUCAUCAAGAUACAAUGACCAACAGAACUCCCAACAAGAUCAAGAUGUACAAGAUGUACAAAAUGAACAAGAAUUCCUGUUUGACGAUAAUCCUCUUGGAUUUGCGCCAUUCAUCGUUGAAGGAGCGAGCUACCUGAACUACGAUCCAUCAAUUUACGACCCUCCCCUCUCCCCCACGAGUUCAGAAUGGGAUAUGACGAAAAUAUGGGUGCCAUAGCCAGAUCGAGCCAGAUGUGCCGAGCCUCGCUUGCGUAUCUUUAUCAGGUUUCGGGAAGCGUUGUGUGGCGUUGGGCAAGCGGUCGAAUAGGAGUUAAGGGAAGUUCAUUCGUUCGCUUAGCAAAUUUAGUAAAGUACCAGUACUGUAUUGGAACCACGUCUCAUAUCCUUCUACGAUAGUGUAAAGAGAUAACAAAAUGGGGGGUUUUCAAUAGUCUGAGUAUCAUUGGGAAAAUGAUACUUAUGAUCACAAUAAGUUCUUUCCCGGACAUAGCUAGAUUGAUUUGACAUCGCAAGUACUUGCUCAUGCUUCUUUCGGAAACAUUGUG